CCAAAUUCCGUUGAUUUUAUCCUUAAUCACGUUGCGUGUGUAUUUCUGCUCGCUUGCAAAGAGCCGUCGUCCGUCCCGCGACUUCCCCCGCCAGUUGCCACUCUUUAUCUCCUAAUUCUGUGGAGAGGGAGGGGGAGAGGGAUAGAGAGAUAGAGAGAGAUGCUAGGUUUUCUUGCGAGAAGGGCUCUCCGGAAGCCCUGUGAGAGCGCCUGUGGAUGGAUAGCUGGACGAGGGCUAACGCCUCCGCUGUGGAGAUGGCGGAACUCCACCUACGCGGUCGCGAGAUGUCUCUGCGUGAGCGUCCUUCCCGACGGAAUCGAUCGGUCUGCCGAGUCCUUCCGACGCAAUUCCGAGGCCAUGGAUCAGCUUCUUUCUGAUCUUCAGCUUCAGAUCAACAAGGUGCUUGCUGGAGGUGGCGCCCAGUCCGUGAAGCGGAACCGUGAGCGGAACAAGUUCCUUCCCCGCGAGAGGAUUGAUCGCCUUCUUGAUCCUGGAGCUUCUUUUCUCGAGCUGUCGCAGCUUGCAGGACAUGAGUUGUAUGAUGAGUCACUACCAUCUGGGGGAAUUAUUACCGGAAUAGGAGCUAUUCAUGGGCGCCUCUGUAUGCUUGUAGCCAAUGAUCCCACUGUUAAAGGUGGAACUUACUACCCCAUUACCGUCAAGAAGCACCUGAGGGCUCAAGAGGUUGCUGCACAGUGCAGAAUGCCAUGCAUUUAUCUGGUUGAUAGUGGUGGUGCUAAUCUUCCCAGGCAAGCUGAUGUUUUUCCUGAUAGAGACAACUUUGGAAGAAUUUUCUAUAACCAAGCACAGAUGUCAUCCCAUGGCAUUCCUCAAAUUGCAUUAGUUUUAGGUUCAUGCACUGCUGGAGGGGCUUACAUACCUGCAAUGGCUGAUGAAAGUGUGAUAGUGAAAGGCAACGGAACAAUAUUUCUGGCUGGUCCUCCGCUUGUGAAGGCUGCUACUGGUGAGGAGGUCUCUGCUGAGGAUUUGGGUGGGGCCACUUUGCAUUGCAAGAUAUCGGGGGUUGCUGACCAUUUUGCUGAUGAUGAGUUGCAUGCAUUGGCUAUUGGGAGGAAUGUAGUUAAGAACUUGCAUAUGGCUGGAAAAAAUGGUUUGGUGAAUACAAUUCCAACUUUGUCUGAUUACAGAGACCCUUUAUAUGAGGUAAAGGAGCUAAGAUCUAUUGCACCAACUGAUCAAAAGCAACCGUUUGAUGUUCGAAAUGUGAUCGCUCGAAUUGUUGAUGGAAGUGAAUUUGAUGAGUUUAAGAAGUUGUAUGGCACGACUCUUGUGACUGGAUUUGCAAGGAUCUUUGGGCAGCCAGUGGGCAUCAUUGGAAACAAUGGCAUUUUAUUUACUGAAUCUGCUCUUAAGGGGGCACAUUUCAUCGAGCUGUGCACACAGCGAAAUAUUCCUUUGAUAUUUUUGCAAAAUAUUACUGGAUUUAUGGUUGGCUCAAGAUCUGAGGCAAGUGGAAUUGCUAAAGCUGGAGCAAAAAUGGUUAUGGCAGUCUCUUGUGCUAAGGUGCCUAAAAUAACCAUUAUUCUGGGUGGAAGUUUUGGUGCUGGAAAUUAUGGAAUGUGUGGACGCGCUUAUAGUCCUAAUUUUCUUUUCCUGUGGCCUACGGCAAGAAUUUCUGUCAUGGGUGGUGCUCAGGCUGCGGGAGUGCUUGUUGAGAUUGAGAAGAACAACAGGAAACGGCAAGGCAAAGAGUGGAGCAAGGAGGAAGAGGAGAAUUUCAGGGUUAAGGUUGUGGAGGCAUAUGAAAGGGAAGGGAGUCCCUAUUUUUCAACUGCAAGGCUUUGGGAUGAUGGAAUUAUAGACCCAGCGGACACCAGAAAGGUUUUGGGCCUGUGUCUUGCUGCUUCCGUUAAACCUGUUCCUGAAGAUACAAAAUUCGGUGUAUUCAGAAUGUGAAUCCCAAUAAAUGCAUUGGCUUGCCAACAGGCGCCCCGUUUACCCUAAGUGGUUGAACUCAAUGAGCUUUAGGGUUUAAAACUCUUGAAGCGUUUCUAUUAGCAAUCUUGCAGGGGUCUGCUUAACCCCAGUUUACCUGUAAUGAAAGGCAAACGGUGUAUUUUCUAUAUUUUUUCAAAGCACGAUGAACCACCAGCUUUUAAACGUCUGAAUUUGUCGACAUUAGAGAUU